AUGAUGGGAAUUGUAGUUUUCUGCACGCAAGGACUGGCAGGGGCAGACGCCUGGGUGCAGCCUGUUCUCCCGCCUUCAUUUCCCAUCGUGCUGAGGCGGGUGGCAUGGCGGAGAAGGAUGACACCGGAUUUUGACGAAGAGGUGGUUUUUGAGAAUUCUCCACUUUACCAGUACUUACAGGAUCUGGGACACACAGACUUUGAAGUAUGUUCUUCUCUGUCACCAAAAGCAGAAAAAAGCACAGUGACAGAGGGACAGCAAAAGCCUCCUGCAAGAGCCCUGCCAAAACAAGGCAUCCCGUUAAAAGUGGCUGAAACCAUCAAGAGUUGGAUUUUGGCUCAGUCCGAUAAAAAUGAUGACUUACUUCACAAGUUGGAUAUUGGAUUCCGACUCGAUUCACUUCAUACUAUCCUGCAACAGGAAGUCCUGUUACAAGAGGAUGUGGAGCUGAUUGAGCUGCUUGAUCCCAGUAUCCUGUCUGCAGGGCAACCUCAACAACAGGAAAAUGGACACCUUCCAACACUUUGCUCCCUGGCAACCCCUAAUAUUUGGGAUGUCUCAGUGGUAUUUGCCUUCAUUAGUUUGCUUGUUAUGCUUCCCACUUGGUGGAUUUUAUCUUCCUGGCUGGUAUGGGGAGUGAUUCUGUUUGUUUAUCUAAUCAUAAGAGCUUUGCGAUUAUGGAGGACAGCAAAACUACAAGUAACUCUAAAAAAAUACAAUGUCUAUUUGGAAGAUAUAGCAACAGAUAGCCGAGGUUUUACUAACCUUGUGAGAAAAGCUUUACGUCUCAUUCAAGAAACUGAAGUCAUUUCCAGAGGAUUUACACUUUUGCUUGACAGGGUCAGUGCUGCUUGCCCAUUUAAUAAAGCUGGACAGCAUCCCAGUCAGCAUCUCAUCGGUCUUCGGAAAGCUGUCUACAGAACUGUCAGAGCCAACUUUCAAGCAGCAAGGCUAGCUACUCUAUAUAUGCUGAAAAACUACCCCCUGAACUCCGAGAGUGACAAUAUAACCAACUACAUCUGUGUGGUGCCUUUUAAGGAGCUGGGCCUUGGACUUAGUGAAGAGCAGAUUUCAGAAGAGGAAGCACAUAACCUUACAGAUGGCUUCAGCCUGCCUGCGUUGAAGGUUCUGUUUCAGCUCUGGGUGGCACAGAGUUCAGAGUUCUUUAGGCGGCUAGCCCUGUUACUUUCUACAACAAAUUCACCUCCUGGGCCCUUACUUACUCCAGCACUUUUGCCUCAUCGUAUCUUAUCUGAUGUGACUCAAGGUCUACCUCAUGCUCAUUCUGCCUGUUUGGAAGAGCUUAAGCGCAGCUAUGAGUUCUACCGGUACUUUGAAACUCAGCACCAGUCGGUACCCCAGCGUUUAUCCAGAACUCAGCAGAAGUCAAGAGAACUGAGUAAUGUUCACACGGCAGUACGCAGCUUGCAGCUGCAUCUGAAAGCAUUGCUGAAUGAGGUAAUAAUUCUUGAGGAUGAACUUGAAAAGCUUGUCUGUACUAAAGAAACACAAGAACUAGUGUCAGAAGCUUAUCAAAUCCUAGAACAGAAAUUAAAGUUAAUUCAGCCCCAUGUUCAAGCAAGCAACAAUUGCUGGGAAGAGGCCAUUUCUCAAGUGGACAAAUUGCUACGAAGAAAUACAGAUAAAAAAGGGAACCCUGAAAUGGCGUGUGAGCGCCCACGCUGUACUGUGGCACCUGUGCUGCAGCCGCCUCUACACAUUGCAGACAAAGAUCCAAUCCCUGAGGAGCAGGAGUUAGAAGCUUAUGUAGAUGAUAUUGAUAUGGAAACUGAUUUCAGAAAGGAUGAUUUUUAUUACUUGUCUCAAGAAGACAGAGAGAGACAGAAGCGUGAACAUGAAGAAUCCAAGAGGGUGCUCCAAGAACUGAAAUCUGUGCUGGGAUUUAAAGCAUCAGAGGCAGAAAGGCAGAAGUGGAAGCAACUUCUGUUUAGUGAUCAUGCUGUGUUGAAAUCCUUGUCUCCUGUAGACCCAGUGGAACCCAUAAGUAAUUCAGAACCAUCACUGGAUUCAGAUAUGGGGAAAGUUGGUAAAAAUGAUACUGAAGAGGAAAAUAAUAAAACCUCUACAGCUGACAAUGAAAUAAAUAGUAGGACUGAGUAUUUAUGUGAAUACCCUCUAGAUGGUAAAAGUAAAGACAAUUCUGCAAAUGAAGUCUUCUUCCAAGGAGCUGAAGAAAGAGCACAUUACCAAUGUAAGAGUGAAGAUGAGUCUCCGCAGGCAGAUGUAGAUGGCCUGGCCCCUGCCCACCCAACCCCCAGGGUCUCAUCACAGCCCUCCAUCAAGCAGAGGCUGGCCCAGCUACAGCUGUCCCCUGAUUUCACUUUCACUGCUGGCCUCGCUGCAGAAGUGGCUGCUAGAUCUCUCUCCUUUACCACCAUGCAGGAACAGACUUUUGGUGAUGAGGAGGAAGAACAGAUAAUACAAGAAAAUGAAAAUGAGGUAGAAGAAAAGUAAGAACCAAGAUUUACGUGAAAGAUUUUAUUCUUUGUUUGUGAAAGUGUUUUAACUUCAAGACUAGAAAUUCCACUGGAAAGGGAAAAUGAGUGUAAGUUUACUGUAUUUAAAGCUAAGAUGUGAAUUUAUAGGAAGAACCUUGGUUUGAACAACUGAUCUGGAAAUACUAGUUACCUGUAAAUGGCAGACCUUUUAGGAGAAUAAGAGAAAGGUAAGGGUUCUCUUGAAUAAAUUGCUGUUUUAUUUGCAGCAUGACUGAUUGAUCAUGGAAACUCUUUAAGUAUCUUUAAUAACAAAUGAAUUUAUCAUUUCUUGCCAGAAUUUACUACCAUAAAAUGACUGGGAUAAUUCUGUUGCAAGAAUAUUAACAUUUAGUAAGGCUCCUUUUUACUGUAUUCUCGCAGUUAAUAACUGCAGCUGUUAUGUCAAUAACAAGUUGUUUGUAUUUAAUUUUUGUUUAUA